AAACGCGCCUAACUCCUCACAGUGGGGGAGGACACCAGAGGAGUCGGUACGGGUCUUUGAACAUUUGCUUUAAAUAAGAAUUAAACCGUGAACUAACUAACCUGUCUGUUAAAACUUGUUUUUAUCUCGGGUUAUGUCGUUAACUCGGCUGUCGUCGUCAGCCGUGCUAACGUUAGCUCAGUGCUAACUUUGCUAACAGCUCCGCUAAAACACCGAGUGAAAACAACUCACCGCUAAACUCAGGACACACUGGUUAUCAGCGUGUAUCGAGCUAGUACGUUACACUACAGAGUUACUUCAGUAAAUCACUUCUCUUUUCUCAAAAAUAUUCGUUGUUCACGAAUGAAAAGUUGCACGAAAACUUGAGUGUUUCCAGAAGAAGCUUUUCACUGGAAACCUGUGAGCAGCUGCAGACCAGAGCAUGGAUCCUCCAGUCAGUCCUCACAGUGCAGAUGAGGAGACUCCUGUCCUGCCAGACCAGAUCCCCAAAUACCAGAGGAGUCUGAGGAGCCUCCAUCUGCUCACCACCAAGUUUGUCAGGAUACUGCAAGAAGCUAAAGGUGGCGAGCUGGACCUUAGAGAGGCUGUCAGGAUCCUGAAUGUUUCACAGAAAAGGCGAAUCUACGACAUCACAAAUGUGCUGGAGGGCGUUGGUCUGGUUAUGAAAAUGUCGAAGAGCAUGAUCAAGUGGAUGGGUACACUGCGAAGUGAAAAUGGAUAUGAUCUCGAGGAGAGGAGGAUAGAGUUGAAGUCUGAGCUGGAGGACUUGGAGCAGAAGGAACUUAUACUGGACCAGCAGAAACUCUGGGUAGAACAGAGCAUCAGGAACACAAAAGAAGACUCAACUCUGACCUAUGUGAAUCAUGAGGACAUCUGCAGCUGCUUCACUGGUCACACACUUCUGGUGGUACGAGCUCCGCCUGGCACACAGCUGGACGUCCCCAUUCCUAAAGCUGUCCAGGACAGCCCAACAAAAUACCAGAUCCAUCUGAAAAGCGUCAAAGGACCCAUAGAUGUUGUACUCCUUAACAAACACUCUGUCAGCUCUGUUCCUGUCGUACUUCCAGUCCCACCGCCUGAAGAGAUUUUACAGAGGGCCCAGUUAGCCAUGUCUGCUUCAAAUGAGAAAGAAAGCAGAACUGAACCUCGUCUGGCUUCAGCUAACACCAAACACUUCACUGAAUGUAAACGUACGGCCGUGGAGGACAUGAUGCCUCGUCAAUCAUCAUCGUGUAUAAACGCCGAACCCAACAGAACCGAUGAAUCUAGAUAUUUAUCAAAGGAACUGCAGGAACUAAUGGACCCGCUCAAAGAAAAAAUGACCAGAGAUCUACUCACACAGCUACUGGCCUCUGAAGUUUUUUCUCCACUCCUUCAUCUCUCUACACCACCAUCUGACCACGAUUAUUCCUGUAAUGUGGACGACAGCGAAGGCGUCUGUGACCUCCCACUCACAGUGCUCAAUGUUUGACCAUGAGCUCCUGCGUUUGAUCAAAAGUUAAUAUUUUUCACGUCUGUUUGUAAAUAGUGACUUGGUUUUAACAAAUAAUAAAAUUAAGAUCUUUUAAAAUUG